AGAUGAAGACAGGUGAUUAGUGGCAUCCCAAGACCUCACAACAUCCUUUUAUUUAUUUACUUGUUAUGUUUACUGCUUUGGGGAUGACUCUGUUUCCAGCACAGGUUUGAUUUCUGUUCUUCUUUAUCAGAAAGACCUGAAAUAACCUCUGCAUUCUGCAGAAAUACACCUCUGUCCAUGAGUUGAAAUGUAUGCAGGGGAGCACAUUAAUAUUUGAUGCUGCUACAAAACACAUGAUAGGGAUGCUGCAGCAGGAUGGCUGAUUUGUGUUACAAACUAAAGUGAUUAGCCAAGGUUGAAUCUGUUGUUAUUGGUCUCUUCACUGACUUUAGUGCAGUAAAUCUGAAUACAUACAGUACACAGGCAUACGCUUGGACUAUUUUUUGGACUUAUGUCACUGUAGUAUUUGUAAUAGUCCCAAAAAAAAAUCUAGAUAACCUCCAGUGAUGGUCGCAGCCAAGAAAAUGUCUGGUCUGUGAUUGUGCCACAUUGAAAUUCUCAGGCCAUUUGCAAUAAGCUUAAUGAGGUCAAUGAAUCAGAAGUACACUGGCCCUUCACCACAUUGUCAAUUAAGGUUUCAUUAAGGAUAGAUUAAACAGUAGAUUAUCACUGUCAUUCAAGGUUGUUCCUGUUCUGUGCAUGCCAACGGAGCUAAAUUUGAUGCAGUGUGGUGCUGUCAUUUGAAAUAUGCUCAAAAACUGUUAACCUUUGAGGAUUUCAGAUUUGUUUUCAGCAUCAUUCCCACACAAUAGGGGUCGGCCUGGUCGCGUAUCUGGUAGAUUUAUUUUACUCCUGGAAGUAGCUGUAGAAAUAGCUGUAAAUUUGGCCUGAAUUUGUGCUGCUUUCAGGGCCACUUUAGCACAGAUUUGCCUCACUCUGUGUCACUGUCUGGUCUAUUUUCCUCCACCCGCUGUGUUACUUCACAAAUGAAACCAGAUCUCUCCAAUCCAAUGUGCCCUCUAAGAUCCUGAAGAGGAUUGGUUGACGUAACACUCCAGUGCUACUCACAAGCCCUGGACAUCCAACCCAUGUUCCCCACCCUUCAGUGCAGCGGGGAAGCUACUUGUCCAGCCUGCUUCGCUCAUUUACUCUAGAGGAAGUCGGUAGGUUACCGCUGUGGCAGGAGCAUCUCUUCCAAACAGAGGUCACUGUUUGGAAGUACUCUGGAGAAAAUGGGAGCGCCAGAAGAGGAGGCUCCUCGUCCACCAUCAGACAUCACCGUGUUUGGGGCCAACUGCACCCUACACGGCCUGAGCCACAUCUUCCUGCCCGGUGGAGUGACUUUCAGACGCUUACUCUGGGCUACUGCAUUCUGUUCGUCCCUGUCCAUCUUCCUCUACCAAGUGGCCGAUCGUGUCAUCGAGUAUUACCAGUAUCCCCAUGUCACCCUUUUGGAUGAGAUGGACAGUCCGGUCAUGUACUUCCCCGCAAUAACCAUGUGCAACUACAACAGCUUUCGGAAGUCACAGAUUCGCAGGAACGACAUCUUCUGGAUGGCCGGGCUCCUGGGUGUGGAGCAGAGCGACUUCGAUGACUUCAUGGCCGCGUUAGGGCAGCCCACAGACAACAGCAAGUUCUUCCCCAGCAAGACCUUCAACAUGCUGGAGUUUGUGCAGAGAACCAGCCACAACAUCGACGAAAUGCUGCUCGACUGUAAAUACAGAGGCAAGGACUGCGGUCCAGAGAAUUUCACUACAAUUUACACCCGUUACGGAAAGUGCUACACCUUCAACUCCGGAUUAGACGGAAACCCUCUGUUGACUACUUUGAAAGGCGGAACGGGGAACGGCUUUGGGAUCAUGGUGGAUAUUCACGCAGGAGGAUAUCUUCCUGUUUGGGGAGAGACAGAUGAGACGUCCUACGAAGCAGGCAUCAAGGUUCAGAUCCACAGCCAGAAUGAGCCGCCUUUCAUUGACCAACUGGGAUUUGGUGUGGCCCCGGGUUUUCAAACUUUUGUGUCAUGUCAGCAGCAACUGCUGCAGUACCUCCCUCCACCAUGGGGAGAUUGCAAGUCUACGCCUAUAGACUCUGAGUACUUCUCCACGUACAGCAUCACCGCCUGCCGUAUUGACUGUGAAACUCGCUACCUGCUGGAAAAUUGUAACUGCAGGAUGGUCCACAUGCCGGGGACCUCCACGGUUUGCACACCUGAACAGUACAAGGACUGUGCUGAUCCGGCUUUAGACUUUUUGGUAGAGAAAGACAACGAUUACUGUGUCUGUCAGACCCCCUGCAACAUGACCCGCUAUGGCAAGGAGCUGUCCAUGGUUAAGAUCCCCAGUAAGGCAUCUGCUAAAUAUCUGGCUAAGAAAUUCAACAAAACUGAGCAGUAUAUUGGAGAAAAUAUACUGGUGUUGGACAUCUUCUUUGAAGCUCUGAACUAUGAGAAGAUUGAACAGAAGAAGGCCUAUGAAAUUGCGGGGCUUCUCGGUGACAUCGGAGGUCAGAUGGGACUGUUUAUCGGAGCAAGUGUUUUAACAAUCCUGGAAAUAUUUGACUACCUAUACGAGGUGUUUAAAGAUAAGGUUUUGGGUUACUUCGUACGCAAAAAGCGGCCUCAACGUUGCCAGAGCGACAACCUGGACUUUCCAGAGAACCCAACCAGCCCUGGUGUCACGCCUAAUCAUGCCCCCAGAGCACCUGUGACACACUCCGGAGUCACUCGGACAGUCUCGGAUUCACGCCGAACAUGUUACCUCGUCACCCGACUCUAGGCAACUUCGAGGAGUUUGCUUGUUGACAACACUGAGUUAGGGUUGGUGGGUGGGGUUGCACACUUGGGGACUUGACAGCAAACUGUGAAUUUAUGUAUUUACCAGAAAAAGGGGGGGUUUGACUGUAGACCUCAGACACACAUAUUAUAUUAGAGUUUAUCAUUGCCUGAAUAGAAAUAGAAUACUAUCAUCAGAGGGGGGAAAAAAGAAAACCACUUCCAAAACAGAACUCAGGUUUAACUGCCAUGUUGAAACAUCAGCAUUAAUUUAUUCAUGUUCCAUCUGUGCGCGUGUUUCCAUCUUCCACGGUCUCUUGAAAAUAUUCAGUCAUCACAGAAUAAAGUGUCCAGAGAUGAUUUGCGGCCUGUGUUGAGACGACUUGCUGUUGUGCUACUUUUAUUUCCUGUACAUUAAUCAAAAAAUAGUCACAGGUUAUAAAUGUGAAUAGGUAUUUGUAGCUUUGCAGUUUCCUACCACUGUUACAUCUCCUUCAUCUCCGACCAACGCUGUACUUGAGCUACCGUACAUUAGUCGGCAGUUAGGAGAGGAGAACUGAAUGUUGGAGACAGGAGCUGCUCACACCUGGAGCCAAACGUGGGACUAGUGAUAAAUGUUGCCUUUUGCUCUUUUGAGGCCCACCGUUGCCUCGUUGAUACUAAAACUGUGCUUUCUCAGUUUAAAACACAGAAAGAACUUUAUUAUUUUGUAGAAAUGCAAAUGUGUUCAGUUGUACUUCUCAUGGACACUGAGGUGCGGAGGCUGAAGAACAGGUGGUUUUUGUUGAAUAUACUGGCUAUUUACAUGACGUGUAGAACCCAGUGUGGAGGGACGGAAGUGGUCGGUUGAGUCUUUUUAUGACUGACUUUUUUCAUUUGUCCCAUUUUUGAUGGGAUUAUUAUUAUUGGAAUUAUUACAGAUCAGUCGUUGAAUCAUCAGACCAAAAACAGCGGGGAUUUCUUCUGCCUCUCUUGUACUUCUGGUUCCUCCGUAUCGUGUCUUAACGGUGUUCAUCAGCACAAUGAUAGUAAUCUAUUCUCUAUAAAACACGAGUGAAGUUUAGGUCUGUCUGUGACGUUCCUACGCUUGACGAAAAUUUGUAAAUAAACGUAACUUAAUGCCAUAGAUAAUAGUAUAAAAGUCUAUAUAUAUAUAUAUAAUCAAAUAACGUUUUUUUUCUGGUGAUUAUUAUAUUAACACAUGACUGGAAGCUGGAGACUUAUUAUAUACUGUACAUGUGAAUUGCCUCAAAACAUGGAAACCUCAGCAGCGUUCAGUUUAGUUGAUUCUCAGCAGAAAGACAUUGUACAAUUUCCCUCAUUGUAUCCUAUUAUUGAUAUUAUUAUUAAUAUUAUUAUUAAUAUCAUUAUUACUGCAGAACAUGUAAUUAGUCACAAAUACAGUUUGUGAUGUAUCAAUGAUCAAGUAUAAUAAACUAUAUUUACCCAUCUUACUCAUGUACUCACAGCGCUCCUUCUUAUCCUUGUGUCAGUCUACUUUCUCUGGGUGAAUAUCCCUUCACCUUCGCUGAUACACGCAUCCAUGUACUAUAAAUACUCCAUUCUUUUUUAAUGAAAAAACAAACAAAACAAAGCGAAACCUUCAAAUAUAAUGCCGAAGCCGUGAGCUAUGUUUGCAUCUUUGUAGUUUAUAACUCUGUUGUCUGUGUAUUAGAUGACUGUUGACGUGAAGCACAAACCUUUGGAGAUCAGCCAUCACUUGAAAGCCAAUGACUGGGCCGGCGUCUCAUGUCUGUGACUACCUUGUGUUAAAAGUUUAAACUGCUCACACUGUUAAACCUGGCGCGCCUGCCGCUCCAGCAUUAUCAGGAACACCAGGGUCAGACAACACAUGUUGAAGAGACUUUGUCCUGGAGGAAAUGUUAACACUUUCAGGAAACAGGAAGUGAAACUAGUUGGUGUUGUCAUGAGCAAUAAGUGCACUAAAUCAGAUAUAAGUGUUACCUGAGUACAAAUAUCUGGGAUCACUACUCUGGAGUGAAGGAAAAAAAAGUGUUGUAUGACAUAGAACAGUGUGUUUGUCUUUGGCCACCCCUGUUUUUUUAGGUUUUAUUCAUAAUGUGCACAUAAAACCAAACAUCACUUGCAUAGAAUUUGGUAAUCAACAAAAAUAGGUGUUACUAUUAUAUAUUUUUUUUUAUUGACAUGGAAUUUCCUUGUGUGAGUCUUGUUUGUGGUGGAAAAACACUUGAACAAAAAAGAAAUGACCCCAGUCAUAGUGCAGUUUGUUAAAUGCCAUAAGAAUUGUAAAAACUGACGACAGUCUUUACCCCACGUCAGAGAACAGGAGUGCGUACGAGAACCAGUGGUGAACUGUUUUAGACCUGAAUUUACUGCAUAUCUAUAACCAAGUACUACAAGGUGUUAGUUACUGUUACUAUACUGUACAGAGAUUUUAAUUAUUUCCUUUUUACUCUUAAUAAAUACACCACAGCACAUCAUUCAUUUUCUUGCUGCAUGACCACUGUGUAUCCCCAUCAUCACUGGGUCUUUUUAUGUGAUUUCCAACAUGCGGUUUAUUUGAAUUGUCUAAACUGUACUUCUGGAGCCAGAUGAACCAAUGCAGCGUUCUCUAUAACCUGUUGUGCAUCGUUCUUACCUGAAAAUCCAGGCCUGGUUUUUCAACCAACACUCACUUAAUGAGAAACUGUAACACAUGAGGAUAACUGAACUGAACCUCAUUCAUUUUUACAGAAACUAAAAAAAAAACAACUAAUAUUUGGAUGUGCCUUUAAGACUGGUUCUUACUGGUACCACUGAAAUUUGCAUGCACUCCCACCAGUGGGAAUCUGGAGUUGCUUCAUCUGCCUCCACAUGCUGUGUGUGCAUUUUACUGUAGAUAAUGUGAUUUUAAAUCUGAACUGUACAUUAAACGGUCAAUACAAACGUGUAACCUAGUCUCCAAGAAAGAGCUUGUGGAAGUGUAGUCUAAGUGACGGUGUGAGUGACAGGAGCUAUGAUUAGAACUUAGUUUCCCCUGACAUAAGGUCUGACUUUGUCUGUGAGCUCCUCGGUGUUUGGACGUGGCUCAGAUUACGGUGACAGCGAGUUCUGCCUUUGUAACAGUGAGAAUAAUUUAAUAAAAUUAGUAUUUAAAAUCAGA